AUGGCUUCCACAUCCGCUGCCGGCGUCGACCUCAAUGAGAGCCAGCAGGGUGAGACGCGGGGUAUCCUUAUCCCCUUUGCGGCCUUGGCUGUUAUGGCAGUAGCCUUGCGGUUCUGGUCCAGGGGCUUGAUGAAGCUGCUAUUUGGGCUAGAUGAUUACCUAUGCGUGAUCGGCUUGGUCUUUACGCUUGGGUGCUUUGCUCUGUCCAUGACCAUGGUCCAGCUGGGCUCUGGACUUCAUUUUGACGCCGUACCCCUCGAAAAUGUUCCAAAGUACCUCCAGUGCCUCUACUCCUACCAAUUAGUCUAUGCCACGUCCAUCCUGUUUAUCAAGACAUCGAUUCUCGCCUACUAUAAGCGGAUAUUCUCCGUCCGACAGUUCCGAAUCGCCGUUUACGCUCUCGGGGCCUUAGUGCUCGCGUGGUGGAUCGCGGUGGUGUUCAUCUCGAUUUUCUCCUGCAAACCCAUCCACGGCUUCUGGGACAAGGCGAUCAAUCCCCGCUGCGUUAAUACCAAGACGUUCUAUAUCGGGAAUGCGGUUCCCAACAUCGUGACCGAUGUCCUCAUUCUUGCCAUGCCCAUCCGAAUGGUCUGGACUUUGCAGACGACCAGGCCUCAGAAAGUGUCGCUGUCGUUCAUCUUCUUGCUGGGGUCAUUCGUCGUGAUCUGUAGCUGCGUUCGGCUCUACGAACAAUUCAAAGUCGACGAACCGGACUUCACCUGGGAAAUGAACGGCACCGUCAUCUGGACCUCCCUCGAGGUCUCCCUCGGCGUUAUAUCGGCCUGUCUCCCGACCAUGCGUCCUCUUCUCCGAUGGGCCCUCCACAAGCCCAACCUCUCCGUCAGCGCCACCAAUGCCUCUGCCGUUUCGGAAUCCUAUCGGGCUUACGGACCCAAGCGAGGCUUUGAAACGCUCCCCUCAGGCAGCCACCGGUAUGUGCCAAGUCUUGAAACGGGCGUGUCAUGCGAGACCGUCGACUCGGAUCCAAACGAUAUCCCGUUGGGAAAGAUUUGGGUGAAGAACGAUGUUCAAGUGGGGAGUCAGCCUGUGGGGCGAUCCACGACCGAUCCCCAAUAG